UCAAGCAGGCUUGUUUCUGGACUGUGGUGUGCUGGGAGGAAGUCACAUGACGUGAUGUCAUCAGAAGUACUGAGUGUUUUGUUAAAUUGAGUACUGUAUUUUUGACUGUAAGUUUAUUAUUUUGAUUAUUAUUAUUUUGUAUACUUUAAUUUGAGUUAGAAGUAAUUGCUUAGAUGUUCUGGUUUGUUUUGUUUGUGUUUGCUUGUUUGAACUUCCUGUGGGCGGAGCCUGUGGCUUUAAAAGCAGGGCUCUGCUCCACAUGGAGGCAGUCUGUGGUUAGACUCUGGAGAUGUCACACUGAGGGUGAAUGCCUGUAACAUGGAAGGUACUGUUUUUUUUGUCUCUUUUUUAACCUGCCUGGAUGUCCUUGUAUAUAUUCUGCCCCUGCCAUCUUUGGCUCACCUGAACGAAAAACUGAAUAAAUUUCACUAAAGUGAUCUCUGGCCUUGGCCAGUCAUUUAUGUUUGACCAAGCAUAGAAGAACCCCGUCACAUAUGGUGUCAGGAGUGGGAUUAUGGCGAGCCGGAGAAGAGGAUCACAUCUGUUGAAGCAAAAAACUGGCCUUCGAUCACAAUCAAAGAUGGAGGAACAGGUGGAUGACAAAGCAUGGGUGAGCAUGCCAACGACGGAUGGAUCAGAUGAGGAAGGUGAACCAAAGCCUGGCCCCAGUGGAUCAAGUGCAUCUGGAAGUGAGUUUCUCACUUUGAUGAAGGACUUUAAGGCAGGUCAGCAAAAGCGAGUGAAAGGGCUGCUGAAGGAAUUACGAAAUCUUAGGAUGUCUCUGCAGCAACCACAGCAGGUACCACGCCCUCAACUUCAGUCAGGAGUUGGUGCAGAGAAAAGUGGUGACAAUGAUGGUGGUGAUGAUGACGACAGUGAUCCAAGCCAUCAACUUCAGUCAGUAAGUUACACCACUGAUCCAAAGAUUCCACCUUAUCAAUUAGGAGAAGACCUGGAAAACUAUCUGCUGCGGUUUGAGCGCAUUGCCAAGACGUGGAGGUGGCCAGAGAGUGAAUGGGCGUGCCGUCUCAUUCCACUCCUUUCUGGGAAAGCGCUUGAGGCCUAUGCUGCCAUGGAUGAGGAGCGUGCUCACUGCUACAAGGACUUGAAAACUGCUUUGUUAACAAAGUUUGACAUCUCACCUGAGACAUACGGACAGAAGUUCAGAGCAACAAGUAUACCUGUUGGUGAAACUCCUUCUGAAACCUACCACCGCCUUAGAGGCCUCUACCGAUGAUGGAUCCGGCCAGACCAGCAUUCCAAAGAGGGCAUCGGGGAGCUUAUCAUCCAGGAGCAACUGCUGAGCGUUCUGCCCUCUGAUGUAAGGACCUGGGUGAAGGAACAUGAACCCAAGGAUGGUCUGACUGCUGCAAAGUUGGCUCUACAGUACGUGAACGCACGGCGAGGAGGAGCAGUACGUGUCUACAACCCGGUGCCGCGACCUGUUCAACUGGCUGGACAUCAACGGUAUGCCAGAGACCCAAGCCAGGAGGUUAAAGGUACCACAAGUUCUCUGAACCCACCAUCCAAUGAAGACUCGUCCUACUCGGAAAUCAGAUCGGGCACCCCUCCAGCCACUACCUGUUGUCUCCACUCCUUUUCGUAAGGUUGCAAUGGACAUUGUUGGACCCCUAGUGAAGAGUGGGUGUGGUCAUCAGUACAUCCUGGUAGUAUGUGACUAUGCCACCAGAUUUCCAGAGGCUUUUCCACUACAUACCAUUACUGCUCCUGUGGUAGUUCGAGCUCUGGUCCAGCUGUUUUCAAGAGUUGGAAUCCCAGAUCAGAUUUUGACAGACCAGGGAACAAAUUUCACCUCUAAUCUUUUAAAACUCUUUCAUAAACAGCUUGGGAUCUCAGCCAUCAGGACGACGCCUUACCAUCCGCAAACUGAUGGAUUGAUUGAAAGGUUCAACCAGACGCUGAAGAGGAUGCUGCAGAAGUUUGUGAAUGACACUGGCAGAGAUUGGGACCGCUGGUUACCAUUCCUUCUUUUCGCCUAUCGUGAGGUGCCGCAAGCAUCAACUGGGUUCUCCCCAUUCGAACUUCUGUAUGGGUGGGAUGUUCAGGGGCCACUUGACCUGCUGAGGAAAAGCUGGGAUGCAUCAGAGACCUCAUCCAAUGCCAAAGGUGUGGUCCAGUAUGUGCUGCAGAUGAGAGGUCGGCUUGCUGAAUACCAGAAGGAAGCUGAAAACAACCUGCUGCAGGCCCAACAGAAGCAAAAGAGGUGGUAUGACCAGCAGGCACGGCAAAGGGUCUUAAGUCCUGGACAGAAGGUGUUGCUUCUCCUGCCUUCAUCCACCAGCAAGCUUUUAGCAAAGUGGCAAGGGCCCUAUACCAUCAGCCGACAGCUAGGACCCACCACCUAUGAAGUCUACCAUCCUGACAAAAAGAAAGCUACACAGGCUUAUCAUGUGAACUUGCUAAAGGAGUGGAAAGAACCAUGGCCAGCUCCUGAAACAUCAUGCGUGUUAAGGCCGGUUGAGGAGGAAGACGAGGUUCCUGGCAUUGAAGUGAUGGCUGAACAGUCAACCCCCAAUCUCAGUCACUUGAGCUUACACCAAGCCUCACAACUUCAGCAGAUCUUCCAGAAACUGUCUUCUCUCUUUUCUCCUAAUCCAGGCCGGACCACCUUGAUAGAGCAUGCAAUUCGACUGAAAGAGAAGCAGCCAAUUCGUCAACGUCCAUAUAGAGUUCCACAGCAACUGGUGGGGCAGCUGCGAGAUGAAGUCGAAACCAUGCUAACGUCAGGUAUUAUUGAACCUUCAAACUCUGAAUGGUGCAGUCCAGUGGUCAUUGUGUGUAAGAAAGAUGGUUCACUACGGAUUUGCAAUGAUUUCAGAAAGCUUAAUGCAGUCUCAGAGUUUGAUGCCUAUCCCAUGCCCAGGGUAGAUGAGCUGCUGGAAAGGAUUGGAAAAGCAAAGUUCAUUACCACCCUUGACCUCUGUAAAGGGUACUGGCAGGUUCCAUUAGAACCUUCAAGCAGACAGUACACAGCAUUUCGUACCCCUUCUGGCCUUUUCCAGUUUACUGUUAUGCCAUUCGGCCUGCAUGGUCCUCCAGCCACCUUCCAGUGGCUAAUGGACAAAGUACUGCGAGGAAGUGAAGACUACAGCGCGGCUUAUCUUGAUGAUGUAAUCAUUUACAGCAAUAGCUGGGAGGAGCAUGUCUCACAUCUAGCAAGAGUGUUGGAAAAGAUUGGAGAAGCAGGACUGACACUUAACAUAUUAAAGUGUGUUUGGGCACAACAGGAGACCAGGUACCUUGGUUACCACCUGGGGAGAGGAAAGGUGCGACCACAGAUGGACAAAAUUGAAGCGAUCCAAAAGUGCCCUCGUCCUCGAACAAAGAAGGAAGUGCGGUCAUUCCUGGGACUGGCUGGUUGGUAUCGAAGGUUUGUGCCUCAUUUUGCUACACUUGCUUCUCCACUCACCAGUUUGACAGCUAAAGACCAGAAGAAUCCUGUUGUGUGGUCCAAGGAGUGUGAAGCUUCUUUUAACACUCUGAAAGCUCAUCUAUGUUCAUCUCCUGUCCUCCGAAGUCCAGAUUUCAGUAAGAAAUUUCUGGUCCAGGUAGAUGCAUCCACAUUUGGCCUAGGAGCUGUCCUGGCUCAAGGAGAUCCUGGAGAGGAGCAACCGAUACUCUACCUGAGCCGUAAGCUGCUACCUCAGGAGGUGAGGUAUUCUGUGGUGGAAAAGGAAGGCCUGGCCAUUAAGUGGGCUCUGGAAAGUCUCAAGUAUUAUCUGCUGGGCAGAGAAUUUGAUUUGGAGACGGACCAUCGUGCCCUGACCUGGAUUAACACCAUGAAGGACCAUAACCAUCGUCUAACUAGGUGGUAUUUGUCCUUGCAACCUUAAAAAUUUAACGUCUGUAAUAGGAGUGGUAGACUCAAUAAAGUGGCAGACUUUCUUUCUAGGUUGCCGAAUUUCGCCAACCUUAGAGAGGGGUGGUGUGACGGAGGAGCCGUCACAAGCCAGGACAUAGUUAUAAGUCCGCAUCAGCAUGCGAGCACGUCUGCACACACAUACGCAGGCACAUACACCAGCUCUAACUUACUUUUUUGUUGCAGCUAAACUGAUGUGGUUCAUUGUGGGUGCACACACGGUGUUCCUGCUUCAGUUAGCAUUCAUUAUAACCUUUUUUAUUUUCAGUUUCAAACAUAUUCCCUGUUUUUCAAGCAGGCUUGUUUCUGGACUGUGGUGUGCUGGGAGGAAGUCACAUGACGUGAUGUCAUCAGAAGUACUGAGUGUUUUGUUAAAUUGAGUACUGUAUUUUUGACUGUAAGUUUAUUUUUUGAUU